UCCGCCUACCUCUUUCCACCAAUCAGCGGCGAGGCCGCGUGCGCAGAUUCAAACCCGUUUCCGGAAGGAGGCUGGGCGCGAGAUUCGGCGGGAUGGACAAAAAAUGAAACAGAAUGAGAGGAAAAAACACACGCGCCGAGAACACAGUUCAGAGUGACAGCACAGAGGGGUGUGCGCGCGUUCAAGGCGGGCAAGACUAACACAGUUAUAUUGAUGGACUUUUUUCCGGUACCAUUUUGAGAUCGCAUUGGAAGUAUUCUUUUUUGACUUGUAUUAUUGAAUAACAAGCAUUUUGGAAGGACGUUUUACAUUGUAAUAUUUAUUGCAUAAUCGCUCUCGGGGAUGUGACUGUACGGAUCUGAAGCUUUUCACGCAAAAUAGACACAUGUGUGACAGUAGCAUGUGUGGAUAAAUAUCAGCUGUGUGUUUUGAUUUCAAGAAGAAUUGCGACAUUGGCUGUUUUAAAGACUUUUCCCUUUGAAAAGAACUGGACUUGAACACAGUUGUCAUGGCCAAUAUGAAGUCUCGCAGUGAAGAUGAGGAUGAUGAACGUCAUUCUACGGACCCUGACAGCAGAGACUCCAAGAAUUCCAAAAAGACCCUGUGCAAAAUUAAAUGGUCCCGGGAUGAGGAUGAGAAGCUAAAGAAGCUUGUUGAGCAACACGGAACUGAUGCUUGGAAAUUAAUCGCCAAUUAUUUCCCAACUAGGACAGAUGGUCAAUGUCAGCACCGUUGGCAAAAGGUGCUCAACCCGGAGCUGGUGAAAGGACCCUGGACAAAAGAGGAGGAUCAGAGGGUGAUUGAGCUGGUUCACAAGUAUGGGCCCAAACGGUGGUCAGUGAUUGCCAAGCACUUACAGGGCCGCAUAGGCAAACAGUGCCGAGAGCGCUGGCACAAUCACCUCAACCCAGAAGUGAAGAAAUCCUCCUGGACCCAGGAAGAGGAUCGUAUUAUCUAUGAAGCUCAUAAACGUCUGGGCAACCGGUGGGCUGAGAUCUCAAAACUGCUUCCUGGACGGACAGACAACUCCAUUAAGAAUCAUUGGAACUCCACCAUGCGCAGGAAGGUGGAACAUGAGGGUUACUUGCAGGAGAACAGGAAGAGCUACAGCAGUGACCCUGACCAGAAGAAACGACCCAAAUCCAGUCCAACUGUGGAAUAUCAACAUGACCAGAAUCAAAUGAUCAUGAGUGGCCAAUCACAGCCACCCAGAUAUCCGUAUGGUUCACAAAGUGGCCAGUGUAUGGAAAACAUCAGUGUCGAGAUCUCUAGCUUUAUGUCGCCUUGCCAUGAUGACCCAGACAAAGAGAAAAGAAUUAAGGAGCUAGAGCUGUUGCUAAUGUCAGCUGAGAGUGAAGUCAGAAGACAGUCGGGCCCUCGUAAUCCAGAGAGCUACUCCAGCUGGACGGACAGCCUGCCCGAUGAUACCACCACCACAGAGAGUGUGGAGGGCAGAGGGGUCGAGCUGUGUCGUUUAGAGGAGGGCCAGCCUGCUACGAUGCCUCUUCCUGUCUCUCCCAGCAAGUUCCUGGCUGCUGAGGCCAGUGCUGUGCUGUCCACACUAGAGACCAUCCCAGAGUUUGCAGAGACCAUGGAGCUUAUUGACUCUGAUCCUUUGGCCUGGAGUGAUGUGACCAGCUUUGAUCUCACUGAGGGAGGCCCCUUUCCAAAGUCCACUAACCCCACUGAUGUUUGUACGACCCUGGAGAGGUGCACAGAAAGCCUGGCCUAUCCAAUAAAUGCUCCCACUGUCACCGCGAUGAGCAGGCAGUGUGCUGCGGUGAACCAGGGCAAGUCUGUGGCUCUUUCUAACACCUGCAUGAACAGAUUCAGCUCUCCACCACCGUCCAUCAUGACAAAGAAGAGGAGAGAGAGAGGAGAUCAGUCACCUGCAGAUGAAAGGAGCUGUGCAUACAUAGACAGCAGUGGGAACUCACCAAAAAACACCCCUGUCAAAGGCCUGCCAUUCUCACCCUCUCAGUUCUUCAAUGUGUCUGGUGGUGAGCCCUUGAGCCUCGACAAUCCUGCUUUUACAUCCACUCCAGUGUGUGGACAGAAAUGCCUCCUCAACACACCCCAUCAUAGAGAGACCACACCAAAACACCAGAAGGAGAAUGCAGGAUUCAGGACCCCAAAACUCCAUAAGAACAUCACAGUCCACACUCCAAGAACACCCACGCCUUUCAAAAACGCUCUGGCCGCCCAGGAGAAGAUGCACGGCCCGUUAAGAAUGGUGCCCCAACCACUGGCACUUCUUGAGGAGGACAUCAGAGAGGUUCUAAAAGAGGAAACCGGGGCUGACAUCUUCACACAAGUGCAGAACCAACCUCAGUACAGAUCUUAUGAGCAGAUGGAAGCUCCAGCAAGGAAAGUCAGAAAGUCUUUGGUACUGGACAGCUGGGAAAAAGGCUGUUUAAAUGUACAACUGUUUCCACAACAGCAGAUUAACAACAAUGGAGCGUCUCGCAGUGACGACCUACUGACCAGAUCCAUGCUCAUGAUGCCAUUGACAGAGAAAGAGGAGAACUCUUGCUCUCCUGCAUCACUGAAGGAAUCAUUUUCCAUAGUUCGCUCCCUCAGCCCACAGGAUAAGAGAGGAAACAUGACCCAAAGGAGCCCACCUUACCAAACACCCGCUCUGGUCAACAGCGAGUGGGAAGCGGUGGUUUUUGGGAAAACGGAGGAUCAGCUGAUCAUGACCGAGCAGGCCAGGCGUUACUUAAACACCAACCCUACCACCUGCAUUUCCAGAGCUCUCGUCCUUUGAACGUCAUUACUGCACUAUAGCAACCCUCCUCUUUUCCUCUAUCACACCGACAUUUAACCUCUCAGACAAUCUGGUGUAGGAAACAGAAAAAACUCACUAUGAUGACCUAUUGAUAUAACAAUGUACCGCUUAAGAAAAAAAAAUGUAUUGAAAUGUAGUCACAUGUAGUCAAAAUACAAAUAGCACUAGAUUUGCAGAAUUUAGCUAACAGUAUUUUAACAGUUAUUUUUAUCCAUUUUUAGUGUGCUGAUUUUAAGGGCUGCUUUCAAUGAACUUUUUAAAGAAGGAUUAAAUCAUAUAAUUGACAUUUUCAGAUAGUUUUUAAGCUCUUUUUUUAGAGGAUUUUAAAGACUGGUGUUAAGGAUAGGGGAGCACUGGCAGUGUUGCACUACUGUAGUUGUUUGUUAGGGUGAGGAGCAGAGACCGUGUUGAGGAGUAACUGGAUAGCACUUGCAACGUAAUCGUUUCCGCUCCAAACGUAACGAAGGUUCCACCCCGAUUACUUUAUUUUAUUUAAAAAAAAUAAUUUUACGAGUAGGACACUCACUGAAUGUAUUGUUUAGCAUGAAUCUGCUAAGUUAAUGUCUACUGGAAGGUACCUCGAUCAAUUUAUUUUUGUGUUCCUUUUUUUUUUUGCUCCAAAGUGAAGGUUGUUUAAAUGAAUUGUACUUGGAAAGGCAUAAAAUUGUUGACUUGCAUGUUUGCAACUGAAGUAUAAAUCCAGCAUCUUCGCUGCUUAUGAAAAUGUUCUCAGUUUAGCCAAAAUCAUGUUUGGUACCGAUAUUAAUGCGCAUGUCGCAUUAUAAAUAACACGUUCCAAGAACUGAUACGUAGGUGAGAUUUGUUCGUUUAGAGCUGUAGGUUCUAUUUAUUAAAUCUUUACUAAUUUAUUUAUUUAAAAGAUAUAAAGAAAAUUAUUAAUUAAAUAUCUUUUCUGAUAAAUAUUUGACUACCUUCCAUUACAUAUUUCUGAUUUCAAUAACACUGCCACUAAUUUCUUGGCCUGUACAGUAAGUUUAAGAUCCUUUCAAAGGUUCCGUCCUCUUUACACCAAUUGGUUGACCGUGAAAGUAUCAGCAAGCAGCAUUCAGCCUCCAAAAUGUGGGGAAAUUGCACUUUUUUUUUAAUAUUAUAUAAAUGUUGGUUUGUCAUUAAUAUCUAUUGUUUUAUGCCCUCUGUAGUGUUUACAUUUUGUUGUAUGUGGGGAUUUUUAUUGGUGGCUGAAUGUAUUUAAACAUAUCAUUAACACUGACAUGUCAGGACGUCAUCUGAAGGGGAAAAUGGUGUAAACGUAGUUUCUCUCUUCCACUUUCUCGCUCUGGAAAAACGUUUGUAAGGUUUUGCUCGCUGCUACUGAGAGUUACGGAAUGGACAUAAGCACAAUUGGCUGAAGGAAGUGUAGGACAAUUGCUUUGCUCUCAUAUGAAGUGAAAUGUUGAAUGAAAUGUCUUGCUUUAUUAUUUUACACUGAGAAGAACCCAUGUAAAAUAGUUUCAGGUUAUUCACAAUGAUAAGUUAGUCUGAGCAAAAGAAAAACCCUGAUGUUGAAGGAUUUGGCAGUAUUAGAGUUACAUUUUGGGUUACAAAUAACACAUUUGUCUUAUUCAAAUUGAGGAAAAUGUUUUGUAAAAAGUUUAUUUUUGCUAAUUGUAACCCGAUAUUGGAAUGCAAAAACUGACCAUCUGUAUUCAAAGAAACACUACGCAUGUCCCUCACCAUAUCUUCGUUACCGA